AGCUUUGUGUUGUACUUGGCAGCAGUUUGUGUCGUGCUUGAAGGGACUGAAGUCUCGCCGCGGCUCAGACUUGAGGAAUGAUAACUUACGAUGGCGAGAGCUCUUCUUCUUCUUCCCGGUUCUCUGGACGGAGGCAGCAGCCGCUGAGCUCACCUCACCUCACAGGCGAUUUAUCCUCCUCAGCACCGGACGAGCCCAGCCGCCAACUCCUGGGAGGGCAGCUCGGAUAUUCAAGGACAUUUUAACGUUAUCAUAGCUACUUUAGCCGUUUUUUAUUUUUAUUUUUUUAUGUGUAUGUUUUUUUUUAGUCGAUUGAGGAAAUCCAGCGCGUGCUUCUCCGGCGCAGCGAUGUGGACAGAUUUAGUAAACACUGACUGAUCUCCUGUAACACGCUCAGGGGGCUGAUGAUGCUUCUCUGCGUGUCAUCUUUACGUGUCGUACCCGCGCCCCCUUCCUCCUCUGCUGAAGGGCCACACAAGACAGCGACGUAAAGGAAAUUAGUGUCCGACUUUCGAUACGUCUCUGUCGGUUAUGGCAUCGUUUCCAGAUCUCGUCAAGUGCUGAAGGAAACCCCGCGUUGCUGGAGAAAGUAGCUACCCGCCAAACCCUUCCUCAUCCCCCCCUCUCCUGGAGAAAGGCUGAUAAACUUUGCAUUGCUGGAAGGUGUUGGGGAGAGGGGGGGGGAGGAACUGCCAAAGGUGCGUCGCUGCUGUGCAUCAGGUUCAGGAGCCAUCAAUGUGGACUUCAGCUGGUGAUUUGACAAGUCUCGUAUAGGAGCAUCCCGAGUCUCUCCUUCCCCCUCUCCCCCUCCCUUUCCCUCUAUCCCUCCCUCCCCUGUUCCCUUGUCAAUCUCCUCCCUGAUCCCCCUUUCCCCCUUCUCCAAGCUUCACCAUGCUCAUCAAGGAGUACCGCAUCCCCAUGCCCAUGAGUGUGGAGGAGUACCGCAUCGCCCAGCUUUAUAUGAUACAGAAGAAGAGCAGAGAAGAGAGCUGUGGUGAAGGCAGUGGGGUGGAGAUCCUAGAAAACAAGCCGUAUACAGAUGGACCGGGCGGGACCGGCCAGUACACCCACAAGGUCUACCAUAUUGGCAUGCACAUUCCCAGCUGGUUCCGCUCCAUCUUGCCCAAAGCGGCACUGAGGGUUGAAGAGGAGUCCUGGAACGCCUACCCUUACACCCGCACCAGAUACACUUGUCCCUUUGUGGAGAAGUUCUCCAUUGACAUUGAGACAUACUACAAGCCCGACACUGGCAACCAGGCAGAUGUCUUCAACAUGUCAGCAGCAGAGAAAAGACAGAGGACUAUUGACCCAAUUGACAUAGUGACAGAUCCCAUCCCCCCUCAUGAGUACAAAUCAGAGGAAGACCCGAGGCUUUACAAGUCAGCCAAGACCCAGAGGGGUCCUCUGCGGGACGACUGGAUAGAAGAGUACAACAAUAACCCAGGCAAGACCCCCAUCAUGUGUGCCUACAAGCUCUGUAAGGUGGAGUUCCGCUACUGGGGCAUGCAGUCAAAGAUUGAACGCUUUAUUCAUGAUGUUGGCUUAAGAAAGGUGAUGGUGCGUGCCCACCGGCAGGCCUGGUGCUGGCAGGAUGAGUGGUAUGGUCUGACCAUAGAAGACAUCAGGCAGCUGGAGCUGGAAACCCAGGUGGCCCUGGCCAGGAAGAUGGCUCAGUUUAGCCAGGCGGAGGAGGCCACCGAGGCCAACGGAGGCACACAGUCUCCAGACAAAGACCAGGAGGUUAAAGAGGCAAUCAGCUGUAUUGAAGCUGAAGCAGUCAUUCCCAGCUCAGGAGGAGAAACUCUGCAGCCACGAGGUAUACUUACCAAGCAGUGGUCCACCUCCUCCCGAUCCUCCCGAUCAUCCAAGAGAGGAGUGAGCCCAUCACGUCACAGCAUCUCCGAGUGGAGGAUGCAGAGCAUUGCACGAGACUCGGACGACAGCUCGGACGAGGAGUUCUUCGAUGCUCACGAGGAUCUCUCUGAUGGAGAGGAGGUCUUCCCGAAAGAGAUUGCCAAGUGGAACUCCAAUGACCUCAUGGACAAGAUCGAAGCUGCAGAAACGGAGGAAACUCCUGGUGAGCUGUUCAAGGAAAUGACUGUUGAUUAUGAAAGAGCAACCAGCGAGGAAAGAUUAGAUGAGGAGAACUCUUCCCAGCAGUGUCUGCAGCCCUCCAAGAUCCAUGUGCUCAUCUUGGUCUUGCACGGAGGGAACAUCCUGGACACAGGAGGAGGCGACCAGAACAGCAAGCAGGCCGACGUCAACACAAUCAGUACGGCUUUCGACACAGUCAUGCGUGUUCACUAUCCUGCGGCGCUGGGACGCAUCGCCAUCCGCUUGGUGCCCUGCCCUGCCAUCUGUGCCGACGCCUUCUCCCUAGUGUCCAACCUGAGCCCUUACAGCUACGAUGAAGGUUGUCUGUCCAGCAGCCAGGACCACAUCCCACUGGCAGCCCUGCCUCUCCUCGCCACCUCUUCGCCACAGUACCAGGACGCUGUGGCCACCGUCAUCUUCCGAGCCAACCAGGUGUAUACGGACUUCAUAAAAUCUCUGGAUGGUUCUUCUUUCUCCGGCCAGGUUUGCCUCAUUGGGGACUGUGUGGGAGGAAUCUUGGGCUUUGAUGCUCUGUGCAGCAGCAAUCAAACAGUAAAUGAGAGCCAGAACAGCAGUCGCAGGGGCAGUGUCAUUAGCGUACAGGACCAGGAUCUUUUAUCUCCUGGCAUCAUUGUCAACAGCGGACACGGAUCAGCGUCUCCAACCUUGGAGGGCAGCCGCCACCUCAGUCGCAGCAACAUCGAUAUCCCACGUACCAGCGCAGGCGACGACACCAAGAGACAGCUGCCUCGCAAGAGGAGCGACUCCUCCACCUACGAGCUGGACACCAUAAAGCAGCACCAGGCUUUCCUGUCCAGCUUACAUUCCAGUGUCCUGCGGAACGACACAGCUUCCCGAAGGUCGAGCAGCAGCACCAUGCUAGAUGGAGGCUCCCUGGGGAAAUUUGACUUUGAAGUGUCUGACUUUUUCCUCUUUGGCUCUCCGCUUGGCUUGGUACUCGCCCUGAGAAAGACUGUGAUCCCUAUGUUAGAUGUGGCCCAACUACGACCUGCCUGUCAGCAGGUUUAUAAUCUGUUCCACCCCGCUGAUCCUUCAGCCUCCCGCCUCGAACCUCUGCUGGAGCGGAAAUUUCACCUCCUCCCUCCGUUCAGCGUGCCCCGUUACCAACGCUUUCCCCUGGGAGAUGGAAACUCCGCCCUGCUGGUGGAGACAGUCCAGAGCAACGCUCAGCUGCUGCUUGACAGCGGGCCUCCCCUGUCCCUUCGCUGUCAGGAGACCAUCAGUGAGACCUGCAUCCCUGUACCUGUGCUAAACUGGCAGGAGGGCUCCCUCAAAGCCACACCCGCCACUAUGGAGUCGGAUGUUGUUCAGUCUCAUGGUGGUGUCUUCAUGGACAGUUCGUACCCCUCAUCCCCCGUAACGGGCCCCCUCUCCCGGGGCCAGCGGAGGGCCAGUGAGGUCAGCAUUGCCAGCCAGGUCUCAGGAAUGGCAGACAGUUACACUGCCACCAACAUAGCCAACACUGAAUCAAACCAGGUUAACCAAUCCAAAAAAUACAGUCUUUUGUCCCUACUCGCCCUAUCAUCACAAAACAAAUUCUUCCUGAAAACUCCUCCCACGUCCCGUAAGGAAACAAAGGCUUGCCAGGCCGCAGGAUCUUCUGAUGCAUGUGUAGCGGCAGAGUUGGACGAUGAGGCAGACUCUAGUGAAUCUCUAAGUCCCACCAGCCAGUACGAGAACUACCGGGCAGGGCUGGACUAUGCUAUAUCUGAUCUGGUCUCACUGGACUCCCAGGCUGAAGUGGACCAAGUUGCAGCACGCUGGUGGGGCACAAAGCGGCUGGACUUUGCCCUGUACUGCCCUGAUGCCCUAACAGCUUUCCCCACAGUGGCUUUACCACACCUGUUCCACGCAUCAUACUGGGAGUCUACUGAUGUUGUGUCUUUUCUCCUGAGGCAGGUCAUGAGACACGAAAACUCAAGCAUUCUGGAGCUCGAUGGAAAAGAAGUGUCUGAAUUCACCCCCUCUAAACCUCGAGAAAAGUGGCUCCGCAAGAGGACUCACGUGAAGAUCAGGAAUGUGACCGCCAACCACAGAGUGAACGACGCCGUCUUCAUCGAAGACGGCCAGCAGGUCUUGACAGGCCGCUUCAUGUACGGCCCCCUGGACAUGGUCACUUUGGCCGGAGAGAAGGUCGAUCUCCACAUCAUGACCCAGCCACCAUCGGGAGAAUGGGUGUACUUCAACACCGAGGUGACCAACAGCAGCGGGCGCGUGUCUUUUGUCAUCCCAGAGGACAAGCGUCUGGGAAUCGGAGUGUACCCAGUUAAAAUGGUGGUCAGGGGUGACCACACGUUCGCUGACAGCUACCUGACAGUUGUUCCACGUAGCACGGAGUUCGUAGUGUUCAGCAUUGAUGGUUCAUUUGCUGCCAGCGUUUCGAUCAUGGGCAGUGAUCCCAAAGUGCGAGCUGGAGCUGUAGAUGUUGUCAGGCACUGGCAGGAUUUAGGCUAUCUGAUAAUCUACGUGACCGGACGGCCAGACAUGCAGAAGCAACGGGUAGUGGCCUGGUUGUCUCAGCACAACUUCCCUCAUGGCAUUGUCUCCUUUUGCGACGGCCUGGUCCACGACCCGCUCAGGCACAAGGCUAACUUCCUCAAGUCUUUGACAGAGGCACACAUGAAGAUUUUUGCCGGCUAUGGAUCAACCAAAGACAUCUCAGUCUACACCUCCAUUGGCCUCCCUUCUUCUCAAAUAUAUAUUGUUGGCAGACCUUCUAAGAAGAUGCAGCACCAGUGCCAGUUCAUCACAGAAGGAUACGCAGCUCAUCUGUCCCAGCUGGAGUACAACCAUCGCUCUCGGCCAGCCAAGACCACCAGUGCACGCAUGGUGCUACGCAAAGGCAGCUUUGGCUUGGGAGCAAACAGUGACUUCUUGAGGAAGAGGAACCAUCUGUUACGCACCAUCUCCUCUCAGCCAGCCCCCAGCUCUCCAACGGGCAGCAUCCACAACAGGCCGGAGCGCACGCAGAGCCAAUCAGACAGCGAGCGGCUGGAGCGGGAGCGGCUGGAGCGCGCUCACAGCCACGGCCAGGGAGGGGCCCAGCGCAGCAUGAGCAUCACGGCCAGCUGCUGGGGCCGCAGCAGCAGCACCAAGCUGGAGCCAGGAGUUUUCAGCUCAAAAUGAGACUGGAGACAUGAUGCGGGGUUCGGGAGGGACGAGACUUAAAAAUGCAGUACUGAGGAAGAGAUGCAAAGUGAUGUGAAUAUAAACGUAAACAGUGGAAAGCAGCUGGCUUCUUGCACCAGAUAGGUAAAAUACCAUAAGGAAAAAAAUCAGGUGCUACAAAUCACUCUUCAUAAAAACUAACACCAGUCACAUUCAGCACAGAUAUUUAUGGGCAGAGCGUGAGGCAACAUUCAUGAUAACACAGACCAACAUUUCAAGAAGUGUUGCCCCAAAGCGGGAAAGUGCACACAACCAAAUAAAGCUAAUAUUGUAGGGAUCCAGGCUGUUUGUACUGUUUAGUAAAUAUUUAUUAGUCUUGAAUACAAGGUCAGUUUUGCUCCAGCACAUGGAGACAGUUACACACACACACACACACACGCAAGCAUGCACCACGCAAACAACACAGAGUUGUUACAGUAGCCACUGUAACCAACUAACGUGACCAAUGCAAGCACAACAACAACUACAGAGAUGAACUUUGUUUAUAGCAGUUUUAAAGCUGCGUCCUUUUUAACACGAUGAUCAGGUACGUUCCAGUCAGAGAGCGGAGCUGAGAAUCAGGUGAAGCUAAUUCGCCAAUUUAGUGUAAACACGGAAAGAAUCAAGAAGCCAAAAUGAAUCUUUGUUAGAUUUCUUUUCUUUUUUCAAGAAACACAGAACAUCUUUACGGUCCAGUUCAGCUUGUUUUCUGGUCGCCCCUUAGACACAACGAAUCAUGUAACACAACACGAAGCAAGGCGCGUAAUUACCCUUUAACUGUGGCUGCAGCUGAAACUGUUCUUGGGUUUUAUUGCAUCUCACACUUCACUUUAUGCCAUCGCUGCCGUACCCUCCUGAAUGAGUAACGUGCAGCUCCGCUAUAGGGAAAAGCAGUACUGUAAGGGAAAGUGCCAAAGUGAAGCAGUGCUGAAGGAUAAGCCGUCUGUGGAUGCAGAGGAAAGGAGGGAUCUCCUGUGUAAAAACAGAAACAUAAUAAAUGGGUUAGUUUGUGUAAGUAUGUAGUUGAAUGCCUAAACAAGGCUUGUACAUAAUUGUUACAUUACAGUGCAGAUCUGGUAUCUGGUCCACUGAAGACCAGUUUCAAGUGUCUUCUUUACUCUGGGGGUAAACACCACCUCAUUCAGGAUAUACUUUAAUGAUUGAUAAUACUUGUUGUUAUUUAAGACUAUAGAAAUUUUAAAAUGUAAGGAUUUUUUCGUGAACAAAAUGUGUUUUAAGAUUACUUUAGCUAUGUUGUGUUUUUUUUCUCCUCUCUCCUUCAAAGUUCAGUUGCAGCAGCCAAACCUCAGAGGUCUUUGCCUGGCACAGUGUUGUAUUUCUAUUAUUUUAUCUCUCAGAUCACCAGAGUUGUAUCAACAGAACUUGUGUCAAAAUAUUGUUUUGGUUUUUUGUUUUCGUUAUGAACUUUUUUGGGGGGAAAUUCAGGAUAUGGCUUCUCUCUCUCUGGUUUAUCCCCGAGCUGUAAAAUGAGGUGUUGAAUGUUCUCAUAGAUAAUCCUCCUUAGGUUAAGGUCUCUUUCUCUGUGUUGCUGCGCCUUUAGGAAAAGAAAUGUGCAAAUUGUAACUCCUGUACAAUACGCUGUUGAAAGUAGCAACACAGAGCUAAGAUUUUGCUUUAAUACCGUUGGCCAUUUAUUUUCUAAAGCUGGUUUAAAGACAAAAUUGUGAUUUAAUCAUUUAAAUAACAUUUAUUUGUACCUCUAGUAAUCAUGUACAGACAGAGCUGACAGCAGUGGACCAAUAUGGGCUCAGACACGAGGGGGAAACGUGCAAUAUUCCCGAGUAGCACCACCAGAUCUUACAGACUGUUGAGGAAACACGUCACAGUGCAUUGACAAUCAGGUGAACAGGCACAUGGUCUACAGACGUCAAAUUGCAGAGGGUAACUCACCUUAAAACGGCACUGCCCAAAUUAUGGCAGUCGGGUUUUCUCCUGCAGAGAGACACGCUGUUUUGUUGUGAUGUUUCCAUUUUAGAAUAUGGGCAUCCAGACAGACACUUAAUAUUUGCAUAUUUUAAAAAGAAGUCAGUCUGGUAACAAAACAAAUGGUUUACAUAAGUGCAAUGAACAGCACGUUUACAGAUGAUGUAACCUUCAGUUUGCGUUGGCCCUCUUCAGAGGUGUCAUUUUAAAAUUAGCGGUCCUUUUAGAGGCUUCACUUUGUGAUGCAGUUGAAUUGUAUUGUGCUGAGAUGUGUUUCUAAAUAUUUCAUCCACUUCUCAUUUCAAUAGACGACAUAAGACAUCCUAGAUCAAAGGCACCUGUAACCUCUUUAAUCAGCACUGAUUUUAUUUUGUAUUUUUGUCAGCUGGUUGAGGAGAGUGACUCAUGCUGUACUUCUGUCCCUCUGCAUUUUGACCUUGACAAGAAUCGGCUUAAAGCCAUAACUCUUUGAAAAAAAAAAAAAAAAAAAAAAAAAAAAAA